GGAGCUGGCCGGGCUCCUGCUGGCUGCUGCUGUCCUCCGGCUCUGGCGCCGCGCGACGGGAGGCGGGUCUCCAGGUCCAGGUGAUGCGGACAGCCCACGUCCUGUUUUGUUUAUUUCAAACCUUUGGGGAGCGCGUCACGGCUGCAUGACCCGGGCGGACGUCCACCAUCGGCAGUCUGUCGCCGGCGCUCAGAGUCAUAGCCAUGGACGAGUGAAGAUGGGGGACUGGAACUUCCUGGGGGGGAUCCUGGAGGAGGUCCACAUCCACUCCACCACGGUGGGCAAGAUCUGGCUGACCAUCCUGUUCAUCUUCCGCAUGCUGGUCCUGGGCGUGGCGGCCGAGGACGUGUGGAACGACGAGCAGAGCGCCUUCGUCUGCAACACGGAGCAGCCGGGCUGCAGGAGCGUCUGCUACGACCGCGCCUUCCCCAUCUCCCUGAUCCGCUACUGGGUGCUGCAGGUGAUCUUCGUGUCGGCCCCCUCGCUGGUCUACAUGGGCCACGCCCUGUACCGCCUGCGGGCGCUGGAGAAGGUCCGCCAGCGACGCAAGGGCCUCCUCCGCCGCCAGCUGGAGCUGCUGGACGCGGCGGCGGCGGCGGCGGCGGCGUCGGCGGUGUCGGCGGCGGCGCGGCGGCGCGCGGAGCGGCAGGUGAAGCAGGUGGAGCAGGGCCGGCUCAACAAGGCGCCGCUGCGGGGGGCGCUGCUGCGCACCUACGUGGCGCACGUGUUCACGCGCUCGGCCGUGGAGGUGGGCUUCAUGGCGGGCCAGUACCUGCUGUACGGCGCGCGGCUGCGGCCGCUGUACCGCUGCGAGCGCGCCCCCUGCCCCAACGCCGUGGACUGCUAUGUGUCGCGGCCCACCGAGAAGAGCGUGUUCAUGGCGUUCAUGCAGGCCAUCGCGGGGGUCUCCCUGCUGCUCAACCUGCUGGAGAUCCUGCACCUCGGCUACAAGAAGCUCCGCAAGGUCUUCAGCUACGGCCCCCGCCCCCCCGGGGGGGCCGACCGGCUCCUGGACGGCCCCCACCCCGACGCCCGCUACAGGGGGUCCUCCCUGGGGUGGGGGGGGGGGGCCCGCGCCGCCCGGAAGACCACCGUGGCCUCGGCGCCCAGCGACUACGACCUCCUGCUGGAGCGGGCGCGGUGCGGCUCCACCUGCCUCCUCCACCCCCCGCUGCCCCCCGGGGGGGCGAUCCUGGGCGACCCGGAGUGUCCGGGGUGCGGCCCCGUGGAGCGGGAGCUCUCUCCGAGCCCCCCCGGGAGCCACCGCCUCCCCCAGGAGGGGGGGGGGGAGGAGGAGGACCGGGACACCAGUGACGCGGACCUCCCCGCACUGUGCUCCCCGAAGCGCUGCCGGGGGGCGGGGCCGGCCCCCCCGGGGUGCGCCCCCCGGAGGCAGUGGAACCGCUGCUCCACCGUGAUGGAGAGCCGGAGCUCCGACACCGACUCCUACGGCGACGCCACGGCCUUGGCCGGGGGCGGGGGCGGCCCCCCCGGCGUGUGGACCCGGGCCAAGGCCGACCGCAAGAGGCCCAGCCCCCGCCCCUCCUCCCCAGAGUCCCAGGAGGGCUCCAGCGAGGGGACCCGGCACAGCCCCCGCCCCUCCUCCCCAGAGUCCCAGGAGGACUCCAGCGAGGGGACCCGGCACAGCCCCAGACCGCCGUCCUCCAACUGCAAGACCUCCAUGGGGAGCUCUAGUAGCAGCAGGAGGCCGGACCUCCAGAUCUGAGGCUCCUUACCCCCAGACCUGAGGCCUUCAGACCUCCAGACCUGAGGUCUUCAGACCCCCAGACCUGAGGCCUUCAGACCUCCAGACCUGAGGCCUUCAGACCUCCAGACCUGAGGCCUCCAGACCCCCAGAUCUGAGGCCUUCAGACCCCCAGACCUGAGGCCUUCAGACCUCCAGACCCCCAGAUCUGAGGCUCCAGACCCCCAGACCUGAGGCCUUCAGACCUCCAGACCCCCAGACCUGAGGCCUUCAGACCUCCAGACCUGAGGUCUCAGACCCCCAGACCUGAGGUCUCAGACCCCCAGACCUGAGGCCUUCAGACCUCCAGACCUGAGGCUCCAGACCCCCACACCUGAGGCCUUCGGACCUCCAGACCUGAGGCUCCAGACCUGAGGCCUCAGACCCCCAGACCUGAGGCUCCAGACCCCCAGACCUGAGGCCUUCAGACCCCCAGACCUGAGGCUCCAGACCCCCAGACCUGAGGUCUCAGACC